AUGGAUCCCGCCAAAACGCAUCCACUCACGGUCUUCCACGUGGUGGCAAUGCCCUAUCCCGGUCGAGGCAACAUCAACCCCAUGAUGAACCUCUGCAAGCUCCUAGCUUUACGAAGGCCCCAACACAUUCUCGUCACCUUCGUGGUCACCGAAGAGUGGCUCGGCUUCAUCGGCUCAGACCCUAAGCCGUCUAACAUACGCUUCGCCACCGUACCCAACGUCAUACCUUCCGAGCUGGGUCGUGCCAAAGACUUUCCCGGCUUUUUGGAAGCCGUAAGCACGAAGAUGGAAGCGCCCUUUGAGGAUCUCCUGGACCGGCUUGAACUGCCGGUGACAGCCAUCCUGGCUGACACUUAUGUGUUUUGGGCUAUCGGAGUUGGGAACCGGAGGAAUAUUCCGGUGGCAUCGCUGUGGCCCAUGUCGGCGACGGUGUUCUCUGUGUUGCACCACUUUGAACUCCUCGUGCAGCAUGGCCAUUUCGCGAAGGAAGUGUUAGAAUGCAAAGAUGAGCUUGUGGACUACAUUCCAGGAGUGCCUGUUACACGUAUUGUAGAUCUUCCCACCGUUAUGUCUAGAAGCAGUCAUGAUCAAGUCUUGCACCGAUGCCUGGAUGGUGUUUCGUCAGUGUCCAAAGUGCAAUAUCUUCUAUUCACUUCUGUCAGCGAACUUGAAGCUAAUGUCAUUGACACUUUAAAAGGAAAACUCCCUUUACCGGUGUACCCUAUUGGCCCUGCCAUACCUUACUUUGAACCUCAAAAAAAUUCUUCUACAACAAGUGAUCACAAUGGCGUAAACUAUCUCCGGUGGCUAGAUUGUCAACCUACAUGCUCUGUCUUCUACAUCUCAUUAGGAAGCUUCCUUUCGAUUUCAAGUGCCCAAAUGGGUGAAAUUGCAAGUGGGCUACAAGAUAGUGGCGUCAGGUACCUAUGGGUGUCACGUGGAGAAACUGAUCAGCUUGGAGAUGUUGGUGGUUGUGAUAUGGCGGGCUUAGUGUUGCCUUGGUGUGAUCAGUUGAAAGUAUUGUGCCAUCCAGCGGUAGGAGGGUUUUGGACACAUUGUGGAUGGAAUUCUACAAUGGAGGCUGUUUUUGCUGGUGUUCCUAUGCUUACUUUUCCUAUAUUGGGGGAUCAAUUCCCAAACAGUAAACAGGUUGUGGAGGAUUGGAAGGUUGGAUGGAGGGUUAAGAAAGAUGUGAGAUCUGAAAAUUUAGUGACAAGGGGAGAAAUCUCUGAGCUUGUGAAAAGGUUUAUGGAUCAAAAAAAUAAUGAAAGUAAUGAAAUGAGGGAAAGAGCGAAACAACUUCAAAAAGCUUGUCGAAGCGCAGUUGCUGAAGGUGGGUCAUCUGAAACAAAUCUUGAUGCUUUUAUUAAGGAUGUUUUAAAAGGCCACAACUAUUAA